CUUCCUUCCUUUUCCCUAAGAUAGUUUUGAGUUGUAGUUCUAAGCGUUCUUCUCCGGCUAUGUGCAACUGCUCAUCUUCCUUUCUCCUUUCUCUUCCCGCCCUCGAUGCUCGACUGUUGAGAUCCACCUCGUACAGUUUUAGACGGAUUCAGCACUCGAUCAUCACUAGCUCAUGGAGGAGGAGGAGGAAUCACCUCUCAAUCCAUGAAAUCACGAUUCUUUCCUCGUCACAAGCAUGUUAUUUUAGUGUCCAAGACUCUGCCUUUCUCCGGAAAUUCAAGUCGAAAGAGAAACCAAGCGGAAAGUUCAUAACUUGCGUGAGUUCAUCACUACCCAGUGAAGAAGAAGUUGAUUCUUCUCAUUUGGGUUUCCUGGAAAACGAUAGUGCAGAAUCUUCUAGAGGUGGUGAUUUGAUUCAGCAAGUAGGUGAGAACGAUCUGAUCAACAUAGGCUCGAAAGGAUUCAAACAGACGUUGACGAGAUCGAACCUUGUAGCUAAGCAAGUUAUUAGUAUUCAGUCAGCUCUGAGUUUAGGAUUCAUCUCUCAGCUCUGGGUUGACACUACUUCUUGGUUGGUUUUGGUAGUGGAUGUUAAACCAAGCUUGCUAUCUGGAGAGUCUGAGAGAUUCUUGCUCACAGACAUUACUCGAGUGGGUGAUGUUGUUCUCGUGAAAGAUGAUGCUGUACUGGACACUGACUUCAAAAUGGUUGGCCUUGAAACACUGGUAGGUUACAGAGUAGUGACAACAGGAGGACGUAACAUUGGAAAGGUUCGAGGUUACUCAUUCAACAUUAACUCCGGAGUAGUUGAAUCGCUUGAGCUUGAUUCGUUUGGAGUAACCAUCAUACCAUCAAGCUUGGUUACCACAUACAGAUUAGAUGUGGAGGAUAUAAUCGAGGUCUUAGAAGACAUAGUUGUCGUUGACGAAUCUGCAGCUUUUAGAAAACAGAGGUUGACAAAGGGACUCUGGGAUGCUCAGUUCGGUAGUGAAUACUCUGAUCUUGAGGAGACUGAAAGUUCAUCUGAUAGAAGACGGCGAAGGAGAAGCAGUAGACCAAGUCGAAAGAAAGAUUUAGAUGAUGAUGAUGAUGAAUGGUACAUGUUUCGCUAGAAGUGUUGCAUUCAUUGUUUGCCAUUCAUCUUGGUUCUUGACUUACUACAUCUUCAGCUGUGUCUGAUAGAGAGAAUGUAAAGAAAAAACGUCUUGUUCAAAUAUAAUAUGAGUUCAUAGUAAUGGCAACAAUGGUCUAAUGCUAUGAGAUCUUUAGCUUGUC